AUGUUUCUUCUGAUUGUUUCUUUUUUUCCAAACGUGCAGGCCAAGCUGCGAGCCGCUUUGGAGAAUGCUUUGGCCGAGCUAGACAAGGACGACGAGAGGGAAGCCAAAAGAAGGAAGACAGCCAAGACAGUAGAGGUAGUUGACUUGAUCAAGGAAGAACCACAGGCAGUGGUUUGCAGGCAGAGCAGCCAAGACAGCCUAGACAGCAGCCAGACAGCUAGAGGAGUCAAGAGGCAGGCCAGCUUUCACACACCUUCGCCGAAGAAGCGUCUGUUCAGUCCUGACAGCAAGGGUGGAGACAGCCAGAGCCCAGGCAGCCAGAGCCCAGGCAGCCAGAGCCGGGGCAGCCAGAGCCCAGACAGCAACCCUGUGCAAAAGAGAAAGAUAGAACAGCUCAAAAAGACCUUAGGCCAAGGCAGUCCAGUCUACUACAGGCUAGACUACCUUUGGGGCAAGGCAGCAGAGGCAGAGGCUAAGCCCGGCCUUUCGCCAGACACAGCUAGUGACAGACAGAAACAGCAGCAAGCGGAGAACCUGCAAAACCUGCAGGAGAAAGCCAGCCAAGCAGUGGAAAAGCUCGGACUGGAGCCAGCUGUUGGAGUUCUUAAAAAGAGACAGGGAGGCAGACCGCUAGGCAGUAAGCAGAAGACGAAACCGGACACAGUGCGACAGGCAGGCAGCCAUUUGGGUCUCGUGCACCUCGUCAGCAAGUCAACAGGCAGGAGACUGCCUGACCCAGGCAAAGUGCUGGGUAGGCCAGACUUUCUCCAGCCAGUCUGGUCUGAGACCCGUGCUUGGGCCUUGAAUGCCAGCCAGCACGUCCUGACGAGCACAGACGUGCUGAUGGACUUCGAAGAAAGGCUCGACAAAGCCAUUGCAGUCAGGCAGGCAGAACAGGAAAAGGGUCUUCUUGACCAGACAGGUGAGAAGGAGCUGGCAGCCAUGGUGCAAAAGAAAGCCUCGCUAGCCAGCAAGCCAAAGCAGAGGAGCAAGUACCAGGUCCAGCUCCUCGCAAAGUGCGGUCUUCGAAACAGAUCCUGCCAACAGACAGCCAACCUGAGCAAGGAGGAUGAGAAAGCCAGGCUAGACUUGUCCUGGCGACUUUGGGACAUGCUUCUGGAACAGGCAGCCAGUCCCACGCCACAGCCGGACUUGCCUGUAGCAAGCCCAGAGCAGUGGACGAUAAAGCGAGCAGAGACAGCCAUCACCAUGUCAGAUCAAGUACCUGCUUGGCUCAAGCCAACGCCAGGGAAGGUGUUGACAUCGGUGGUGCGCUUGAAGCUAGCCAGCGAGCAAAGCAAGGCACCGAGGCUGGCAUGUGCUUCUCGAGCCCCAGGUGUGGCAGCAAGGUGGCGAAUCAGCUUGGUAGCUAGACAGGCAGUGCAGAACUUCUUUGCGCCAGACAGACAGCCAGUCGGUGUCGUUAUGCCCACGAUAAUCGUCACGUACGGCAAACACUGCAGACUUGAAAACAUCAGCCAGGAAGGCACGUGGAUCAAGUCCGAGUGCUUCCAGGUAGGCAGCCAGACAGUCAGGAGAAGGGCAGGCCAGCGAGUGCCAGGACAGGUCAUGCGCACUUGGCGCAAACUGCGAGACACCCAGCCACACCUGUUUGAUGGCAGUGUCAGGGUGUGGUGCCAGCCAGCCGCAGUGGUAGAUAGCGUCAUUUACAGAUGGCAGCUAGAGCUCGAGUCAGAAGAGCACAGCCAGGCAGUGCAGCUCGUCGAUACGCCCGGCGGAGCAUGGACGACGGAGUCCAUGCACGCCGCUGCACUCCUGCAGCGAGCUCAGACAGGCAUUGCAGCCGGGUGCACCGGCUUGACCCAGGUGACAGACAUCGGGUUCGCCCAGCCAGCCAAGGCAGCUCUCCGGAGGUGGCAGGAAGACCUGAAGCAGCGCAUGAGAGAGAAAGCCAGACAGCAAAAGGUGCAGUGCACCUAUAAGACAGGCCCGGCAGACAUUCUGGAGGCAGCCAGACAGAUGCACGCCAGGAUGGUGCAGUUGAAGACAGUCGUUCGCUGCAUGCGGCAGGGAGGCUGGUUCCACUUCCGUCCAGACAGUGAAGGCAGGCUUCACGACUGUGGCAGCCAGAAAUGGUGUCUGGACUUCCCUGAAGGCAAUGCCAAGCUAGGCAGCGACCACCUCAGAGACAGGUCUCGUUGGGUGGACAAGACAGGCAAGGUGCUUCCGUGGACAGAGGCAGACAGCAAGACAUUUGAUCAAUCCAAUGCAUUCGAACCCGAGGCUACGUACCUGCUUGGCCAGACAGACAUACACUUGAGCUUCCGAGCGAAGCCCAAUCUCCUUGCUCAGUCAGAAAGAGAGCUCAGAGAGGUCAUUCUGAGACAGGUCCACCCGAACCAGAGGAGACGGCUUUUCCAGGAACAGGUGGACCAGACAACAAGCCAGACAAAGACUGAGAAGCAGCAGAAAAAGGAAAAAAGGAUCAAGAACGCGAAGCAAGACAGAAAAAGGCGCAAACUUUUGAAAGAAUGGAGACAGCAGCAAGCCAACAAGACAAAGAAGCAGGCUCUGCUGUCUGUCGUGCCCAAAGUGGGCCAGAAAAAGGCCAAGAAGAAGGCCUCCAAAGGCGACAAGAAGCCCAGCGAGGUGAAGAAGCAGCAGAAGAAAGACCAGGCGAAGAAGGCUCAAAGACGGGCAGCCGAGCCAGGCAGCGAGGGACACUUGCAUGGCAAGCAAGCUCGAGUGAUCGGUGACCUGGCUCCGCAGACGCUGCUGGGCAAGAUCGUCGUGUGUGGAAACCAGACAGACAGCCAAGUCCUGAUCAAUGCUGAUGGAUUUCAUGAAUGGGUCAGCCACACAGACAUUACGCUGGACGUCAGAGACAGACAGUUUCCGCUGGUUUUGGAUUUUGAGUCUUUCCCCAGUGCUGCAGCCAGUGAGGAAGCGGCAGCCAGUGCAAAAGAUUUGCGGCUUUACAAGCACGAAGAGCUGCUGACAGACAGCCAGCUCGAAGCUGGCAUCAGGGAGAUGUCAUACCGAUUCUCCCAUGGAGCAGAUCCAGCCAGCCUGUGUGUUUUGCGGCCAGCAGAGGCCAAGCAACUUAUCCAGACACAUACACUCAAGGCAGCAGCAAAGACAGCCAUGGACAGCCAGGCUGGUUUGGUCUUGGCAGUCGUGCAAAGCCAGCCUCCGAGACACUGGUCCUUGCUGGUGGUCGAGACAGUCAGAGACAGCCCCGAAGCGAAGGUCAGGUACUAUGACACGUUGCCCGGUCUACAAGGAAGCCAGUGCAGUUUUGAAGGUGCUGCUGCAGACAGCCAAGAAACAGGCCCAGCCUUUGCCUGCGCCAGUCAGUCUGCUCAGACAGACAGACGGCUUCUCCUGCGGCCUCUGGGUCUUGCUGUACCUGGAGCAGGAGUGGCGGCGGUGGAUGGGUGA